AUGGGCGCCCGGCUCCCGGAAGGAGCUUCUGCCCCGGAACAGCCCCCCGCCCAGCCGCAGCAUCCCCCCCAGCCCCGGCCCUACCAGGGCGUCCGAGUCAAGGAGCCGGUGAAGGAGCUGCUGAGGAGGAAGCGUGGACACGCCGGCGGCGGUGUGGCCGCGGCCGCUGCGGUGGUGUUGCCUCACCCUCCACUCACCACCUUCUCCGCUGUGGGGCCGCUGUGCCUGGAGGCGGAGGAGCCCGUGGUCGGGAUGCCCGAGGACGGGGCCCCGCUGUGUGCCAGCUGGCUCGCCCCACCCGGCCCCGCCACCCUGCAGCCGCUGGGCCCGUGGGCCUCCUACCCAGACUUCGUGUUGCCGGACGCUGCCGUCAGCUGCCCCUACGCGGCCGACAUGUUCGUUCAGCCGGUGGGCUCCGGGUACACCGUCGUGGGCCCCUCCUCCCUGCUGAGUUGUGGCCCUCAGCCCCUUCUCCCCAACUUCACGACCCGCGGGGCGGUCCAGGCCGGCGGAGCCCAGCUGGAGGCUUCGGACUCCCAGAUGCCUCUGACCUACUUCCCGUGGGCCCAGCCUCUCUCUGCCCUGCCGGCCACCCCCCUGCAGUACCAGCCUCCGGCCCCGUGCCCACCGCUGCCGGGUGCGCCGUUCGUCCCCCUGCCCGUCGCGCUCUCUGAGCCGGCUCCCCAAGCAGCGGAGGGGGCCGCGGGGCCCGGGGAGGCCGGAAGGGCAGCGGGCCCCGUGCCCGUGGAGAAGCUGCUGCUGGAAGAGGAGGAACAAGAUACGUAUGUUCUCAGCCACUCCCUGUCCGUUGAGGGCUUCUAGGGACCCCCCGAACACCUCCUCCAGCCGUUCCCACCUGGCCCCACCCACUAGGGGCCAGCCCUUGGCUCCCGUUAAUGUCGAUGUUCCCUUCCCCUCCCGCCUUUGUGGGGCCAACGGGGGAGGCUCGUUGGCCUAGGACAGCAGGGCCCGCCCCCUGCUCUGCCCACUCCCCGUCUGUCCAGCUCAGAAGCCAAAGGGACCGACCGGAGAGACGAACUUUGCGGGCCGUGGCGGGAUGCCGGGUCCUGACUGGUUAGCACUGGCCGAGAGCAGGAGCCUUCUGGCCGUGGCGGUGGCGCCCUCCAUCUCCCUUGCCGUCCUCCCUCCCGCCACAGCCUGGCCCGGGCUGGGGGUGCUUGGUCCCGGGUCUGCGGGCUGGGCUUAGCUAGUAGCGGCUUGGACCCGAGUAAGUCUUUGGUGUUGGGUUGGCCAUCCCUGGCCUGAGGUUCAUGGUCCCCAGGGAGAGGUCGCUUCUGGGUUCUCCUCAUCCCCGAGCCUCUAGGCCUCGGGCGACGAGGCCUGAGGCGCUCGGGGGGCUAGCCAGGUGCCCAGGUGGACGGGUAUUGCCACUAUCCAGACCCAGUGGAUUUCCACAACCCAUCGGAAACGACCUGAUAACGCGGACUUUUUCCGGGCUUCAGUUUUGGCCCUGGAGGCUUCGGAGCCCUCCGGGUCGGCGGUCGUGGCCAUGCCUGACAGAGACACCUAGCAGAGAAAUGACAUCACUUCCCAGCUUCCUUGUUUCCUCCCGCAGCCCUGCCGCCAUCCACUCCCCUUCCUUGUCCAUCGCCUCCACCAGAUUUCUUUUUGGGUUUCCCCGGGCCCAAGGACGUUUCAAUAAAGAC